GUCAAUGAUUUUAUCUUCUAAGCAGUGUCUGUUAUUCUAAUUAGCUAAUGUUAGUGUUGAUGACUUGUGAAGUUCAGUAAUGUUUGCUAACAGAAGUGUUAACGUCAGAAGCUGAAGUGUCGCAGCCGCCCGGCCUCGUGCUGAUCCGGGCUGUCUGCCUCCACAUGCCUGUGUUGUAUUUUUAUAGUUUGGCUUUAUUAUUCAUUGCGGAUUUAAUUUAAUCUGCGGAACAGAUCAUGAGGAUGUCACUUUUCCCGAGAUCUCGCGAUAUCGAUUUACAGGGUAGCGCUGGAACCGCACAGGGGGGCCCUGGGAGGGCUGCAGGGGCCCGAGCGAAGCCAGGGGAAAGGCAAUUAGACUGGCAUUUAACCCGAGAGCAUUUAGCCAAAUUAAGACAUUUAAAACAUAUUGUUGUUUGACUAUUAAGUGAUGACAUUGGUACAAAUCAAGCCUAACAGAAUUCCUCACAUGAGGCCUUUUGGACAGAUCUUUGUGGUGUCAUGCGCACGAAUUUGUUUAUAACUACGUUCAGCUAUUUUUAUGGUGUCAGCAGUCUUACUUUUUUAAUUUAAAGGGCAAGGCUGAUGAUGUAGUCGUUUUCUUAAUGUCAACAACUCUCAUGAAAGGACCAAAACAAUAUGUUCAUCUCUCAAUCCCACCCGCACCGCUGACCCAUCGCACCAUGUCAGAUCCCGAUCUUGACUUCACGACUGGCGAGUCUGGCGCCUCCGCCACCUACCCUAUGCAGUGCUCUGCUCUGCGUAAGAACGGGUAUGUGGUGCUGAAGGGACGCCCCUGCAAAAUUGUGGAGAUGUCCACCUCCAAGACCGGCAAACACGGACAUGCCAAGGUUAACAUGGUUGGUAUCGACAUCUUCACCAACAAGAAGCAUGAAGAUAUGUGCCCCUCCACCCACAACAUGGAUGUUCCCUCCAUCAAGAGGAUAGACUACCAGCUGGUUAACAUAAACGAGAGCUACAUGUCCUUGAUGAGCGACAACGGGGAAAUCAGGGAGGACCUGCGUGUCCCUGAAAGCGAAAUCGGCAAGGAGAUCGAGACAAAGUUUGAAGCUGGUGAUGAAUUCAUGGUCACCGUGAUUUCUGCCAUGGGGGAGGAAUGUGCUGUUGCUACCAAGGUCUUGGCCAGCAAAUAGGGAGACGGACUUUGCUGCCCAGGCAACAAGCACCACCCACAACCAGUCUCUUGCAUUCUCAUUGGUUCUGUCACCAAAGCGUCGGCCUUCACAGACAACCUCAAUCAUCCUGUUGUGAUUUCUCUCAUCAUUGAUCUUUUGUUUUUUUUCCCUCCUCCCCUUUUCAUUUCUCUUCUCCAUUGCUGUUGGGAAAGUUCCACUGCAGCUCGCUGCGUGGGCCUCUGCCUGAUCACUGAGGUUUUGUUUGGUAACAAUCUACUUUAUAUAAAACAACUUUAAAAAUAAUGAUCAGUUGCUCAUUCCUGCUUAUUUUUGCCUUCAAAUGUUGGUUUCGCCACUCACAUUCCUGAAUGUUUAAAUAACAACGGGAUUCAGCUUUUGUAUGAUUAUUUUUUUUAUAUUCUUGAGUAUAGCAGGUCUAAAGCCUUUUAGAUGGGAGGGGGGCAGUUUUUGAGUUGUAAAAGCAGUGGGAGGGAGGGUAGCCCCUGUAGAUGCUAUAUUCCGGUUUAGGCCAUCCCUCUAGCAGCCAUCCCGCUUUCAGCACGGCCUUUGCUCUGGUUCCUGACGGUUGGGCUCGACAAGGUCCGUUUUUCUCCUAACCGCUGGGAUUGGUGGUGGCGAGCACUUAUGAGCACUUGAGGUCCACCCCAGCAUGUCAAAGCUCAAAACCAAGAAAAGAGAAGUGUGUUUGUUUUUUUUUUCUCCCCCCCCCCCCAGAACAGAAACUUCAGUGAUUUACCCUUGUGAUGCCAGUCUCUUGUCUGUGUAGAAGUUUGAGGGGCGUGAGGGUCCUGUGCGCUCACACCUCUCGUCCACCGGGGCAGACGAGGGCUCGCCCCGCUGCCUCGGCCAUCCCCCCCCAAUACAAAAGGAGUGUUAUAUUUUGUUUUGAGAGGCAUGAGUGUAGCGUUGUGGGCCUCCGAAAUGUGGGAGGCGGGUUUGCAGUGAGGCGUGUUUCUUUUGAGGGACUCCAUCGGUUUGGGGAGGGUGGUAGAGUUGCAAACGUUUUGUUCACUCGAGGCCUUUGUCACCUGACUGGAGAUGGCAAAAAAAUAAAACGAUGAAACAAAUGGACAAAAACUGCAAA